AGGGCGGGGCGUCAGUCCACAACAGUAACACACGACAACACACAACAAACUAACACCCUUCCUGAACACGAAUAUUCAGUUCUGGGGCAUGCAGGUCCUGCUUAGCUCCAGUCACGGUCAAAUGAAACCAUUCAACCUGACAGAGUGAAGAUGAAGGACGAAAUGAAAAAGGGAUGGCUCUUCCUACUGAUGUCUGUCACAUUGACACUGGGUCUAUUCGGGAUUGCUCUAAACUACAAAACAGACAAACAAGUGUUUACUUCUUUGACUGAGAGAUCUUCUCAGUUGUGGCACCAGAUCCUGCCUCAGGAUUUACGUCUGUGUGCGUGCAAUCGAUGUGUUACAGAUGAUGAUGAUGAAUGGUUUACGAAGCGUUUCAACACGUCAAUCAAUCCGUUUUUGACACAAGACAACACUCUCUCAGAGCCGGUGUUCAACUGGUGGAAGAGAUUGCAGCUUGGCAAUACAAACUUUCUCAGCUACAGAAUGGCCGAGCUGAAGGUGUUUGAGAUUUUCCCAGAACAGGAGAGCUUCAUGGACUCCAGCCCUGAUCGCUGCAGGACCUGUGCUGUGGUUGGGAAUUCAGUUAAUUUGCUGGGGUCUCACUAUGGACCCCUCAUUGACUUUCAUGAUGUCGUCAUUAGAUUCAAUCAAGCUCCUACCAAAGGCUACGAGGAAAAAGUUGGGAACAAAACUACAAUUCGCGCCAUGUUUCCAGGGAGUGCUAUGGACCUGGAUAACGAAACAAAUCUCUUGUUUUUUCCCUUCAAAACACUGCACCUGGAGUGGCUCACUACUGCCUUUACCACAACAUAUAUAUCGAACGAAACUGUGAAAACUACCAUCAGAGCAAAUAAGGAUUUGGUAAUGGUUUUAAAUCCUAAUUUCAUCAGCUAUGUCCACCACGAUUGGUUGGGAAGGAAAGGAAAGUAUCCAUCGUCAGGUUUCCUGGGUUUGAUGGUGGCUAUGCACAUUUGUGAUGAAGUCAAUGUCUUUGGAUUUGGAGCAGACAGAAAUGGAGACUGGAGACACUACUGGGAAAAACUUCCCAAACCUCAUAUAAGAACUGGAGUUCAUGGGGGAUCGACAGAGUAUAAAGUCAUUCAGCAUCUUAAACUCAGGCAAAAAAUUAAUUUCUUCAGUGGGUUUUAAAUUCUCCCCCUAAAAAAAAUACAUAAAAAUGAUUAAUACAAAUAAUGAUAAUAAUUGACAGAACAGAGAUACAUUUUGACUGGUGCUAAAUAACUUUUCUUUAGGGUCAAGUCAACACUGAACUCUUGGCCUAUCACCUCCUGGAUUUCAUUAUUUAUGUUUUCAAUGUAGUUCAAUAUCACUAAACCUCAUCAUCAUCAAUAUUUUUUGCUUAUGUAUUCAUACAUAAGCCAAAAAUUUGGAUGAUGAAUUUUGAUGAACCAGUGUGAUAUACUGUACGAUAUAUAAAUUACUAUCUAUAAAAAUAAUUACAGGUAUAUAAUUACUUUUGUUUUAUUGAUUUGACUAAUCACACCUUAACCUAUGCUAGCCUUUCUGUCCCUGCCUUCCCUAAAGAGAGCGUCUCGCUGAAAGAGGUUUAGCUGUUUGAAUAGCUGGGGUCCUUCCGGACAGGUCAAUGACUGUGUAGAUGGUGGGAGCUGGGCUGCUGAACCACAUGGUCACCUGACACUUUCACUGGGAAAUCCAAGACAAACAAACCGACAGGGUUUUCUAUGGAGGUACACGUGCAAGUGGGAAGAUCCCUUUGUCCCUGUAUGAUCCAAACAGGAAAAUGUUCUGAACUCUGUACUGAAUGGGGAUAGAUACAAUUUCAGCAGUUUGGCCGCUCUAACUUGUCGUCUUUUCAAGUGCUAAAAGAAAAUAUUGAGCAACAUGGAUGACUUGAAUUCUGAUUAUCAAGAUGAAGACAACUCACACAAUUACAAUUUAUCAAAGAUCUAAUACUAACCCUAUACUACCAUAAUGAAGAUCUAUAUAGGUUAUUUAUUAUAAUUAAUAACAAAACAUAACAUAAUGUUUACUACGGUUUACUUUGUACUAUCUUUGUUUGUACUUUCAACACUAGGGCUUAAGUGUGCAAGAAUUUUACUACACCUGUACAUGGAUUAUCAUAAAUAUCUAGCCUUUCAUACUUUAUGAACGAGAUAAGAGUGGAAAAGUCAUCUGAAGAGACUCUUGCUGCUUAGGAAGGUAGCCUAAUGUGAUUUUCUGUGCUACCAGUUUGUGGUAUUCAGGCCUGGGAGGGCAACUCAAAUGAACCAGAUAAACGGUUUGUUCAGGCACCCCUUACUUUCCUGGCUCGAAGAUUAGCACAUUCAUCUCCAUGGCUUUAAUUACUAUUUAAAAAAUGUGAAUGAUGUGAAUCAAGGGUGUACAAAGGUAGAGAAUGAGCAAGGUACGUUUUAUUACUCUGUUUUCUGGGAAUAAUUGACGCAAGCAGAAACCAGAAAACAAGCCGUUUUUUCGUUUUGACAAGAAAACGAAAAUCAAUAUUUCAGUUCGUUUAUUCGUUUUUUGGUUCUUACUGAGCGAAACGAAUUUACCACUCAAUAUCUGGUUUCCGCCGGUGGGCGGGUCCUCUUAUUGUCUAGCGUGCUUCAUUGACCUGUGCUCUUCAUAAUAAAAGUUCUUCCGUUUGA